GAUUGUUUACGUACUCCUCUUGUGUUUUGUUUAAAUGAUACCAGCCUCUAAUUAUUUGAAAUAAAAACAUUAUUUGAAAUAAAAAGCAGGUCAGGUCAUGUUUGCUAUAUUUGUUGGUAGCUAUUCCGUAGAUGUUGAUGCAUUCAUACAUACGUCUAUUUUGGUUGUUUUCUAAUUUGUAUAACUUAUAGGCAGAGCAAUUGGGGCCAGACAUGAGUAAUGAUUAUUUCCGAUACGCCUAUCUGCCUAAGAUCGGUUUGGUAAAUAGUGGUCAGUUGGAGGGUUGUAGUGAAGCAAAAGAUGAGAAGGCUAUUCAGCUUCAAUUAACUGAGAGGUUAAGGGGUCCUAAUGAUGAAUUAACUGAGAGGUUAAAAGGUUCUAAUGGAUCAAGAAAGCGAGCCAAAAAGAAGGCGAAAGAGAACAAGGCUAUUGAUCUUCAAUUAACUGAGAGGUUUAUGUAUAGGGUGUUUGCCUGGCCUACUGGCUGGCUUCUUGAGAUGACAUUGGAGCAUAAUAUUGAGGACAAGGUGCGUGCCGGUGAAAUUAAACGAGGUGAUUCCGUUAUUAUUGACCUUGAUUCUCAUGGGAAUUUGAUGGUUGUUCCCGCCCAACAGGUUGACGAACCGGUUGUUGCUGGUCAUUGAUCUUU